AUGGGCAUGAGCUAUCGCCGCUAUCUCGCUGGAGAGCGCAUUUAUGGCUGCUCUAACUGCAGGACCCAUCUGGCAACAAUACAUUCCAUGAUAUCCAGAGCGUUCAACGGCCAGCACGGCAGGGCUUAUCUCUUUGACGGAGUUGUCAAUGUUGUCGAGGGCGAGCCGAAUGAUCGCACCAUGACAACAGGCGCCCACACCGUGCGAGACAUCUAUUGCUGCAAGUGCAGCACCUGUCUCGGAUGGAAAUACGACAAAGCCUACGAGCCUUCUCAGAAGUACAAAGAAGGCAAAUACAUCCUUGAGCGUAAUCUGCUCACAGACGUUCAGUAG